AUGCCUCCGUUGCCAGGUGAAGAGCGUAUGCUGACCGUAUUUGCCGAUAUCCAUUAUUAUUUCACAGCACCUACUCCCAAACCUUUGUAUCACCGGUUUGAUAAGGGUUCAUACUUUUACCUCUACCACAAUGCUUCAUCACAGAAAUUAAGGGUCGAAGUUGCCAAUAACCCUGGAACUUCAGACCAAGAUGCUUUCAAUGGAGCGUUGGACCACGUCCACCUGCGUCAUUCCACUACCUUCCCGACUCUUUGUACUCUCACUGUAGAUAAUUACAGUCAGCAGACGCCCCAGGAGUUUCCACCUCCGCCGAGUACCAAUCUAUACGAAUGGCACUUACCUAAAAGCGAUGCCCAAGGUGGCAACACAGACCUUCAACGUCUUCAUACACUAGACAUCUAUUUCUGGACCAUAGACGAUGCAAAUUCGUUCUUGGAUGUGGCGGAACGAUACUUAUCUCAGUCGCAGAUUGAUACGGACAGGCACCCCUUUCCGGCUCCUACAGAAGUUACAGCCAGUUCGGUUGUGCAACAGCUAGAGAACGUGGCAAUCACGGACCCUGCUUAUCAGAAUGGACAAACCCCCAACUCUCGAUCCGAAGCUCCUCCCAAUCCUGCGUCUCAUGCCGCCGCAGCCUCACCCGUUCUUCCGCCUCCUCGACCAGUGAGCGUCGCACAACACAUGCCUGUGACGGUCCAGCCACAGGAAGUUGCUCAAUUCACCCCUCUGCCAUAUAAUCCUGCUGCUCCUGCCGCUCCUGAACCAAUCCAGCACCGCGAGAAAACCCCACCACCAAUCGAUGCCGCAGACGGAACUGGACUCGCAGCAGCAGCGGCAGUAGACAGUGGUGCCCCGAUGACACCCCCGACCCAGCUUUUCGGAGGAGGCUAUGCGCCUCCCCCGAGUCAGGGUGUCCCUUACUCGCUACCCGGAAGCUACGCCUCGCCACCCCCAAGCGCCGGUCUGACUCACUCGGGCUCCUUCUCUUCGCGGUCAUCCAUCCAGAGCCCGCCGGGUGUUCCCUCGUAUACCCCUGCGUUCCUCGUCGGCAGCGGCCAGCCUGUCACUCAAGCAGGAACAACAAUGUCCUUUGCUCCUCCGCCCGUCGAUCCCAACGCCCACCUCUACGGCCAGAGUCUCUAUACCCCCCCACCCCCUACUCAAGUCCAGCCUACUUCUCCCCCGCCUAUCGGCGGCUACUCGAAUUACUCCUACGAAGCGGCCCCGCCGUCCACGGCCUCAGCAGGCGGCUACGACAUGCACAAACAGCUCUACCGGCCGACCGAAGCGGAGGCUAAUUCCCAUGCGCAGAAGUAUGCGCAGAAAGCCGUGCAGAACCCGACACAGCGGUCGCGCACUUUCGAGAACGGCGCGUCGCGGGUCGAGAGUAGUGUAAACCGGUUUCUCAAGAAGCUCGAGAGGAAGUUCUGA